AGAAAAAUGGCGACAAAAGCUGCAUAGCCGCUCACGCUGGCCUGAUUCGGCUGUCCUGAGUGUGAGUUCUGAUGGCCGCGAUAAUCGGUCAUCCAUUUCGGUGACUGGCGUUCGACCUGCUGCGCUGCUUGCUUCUGAGUAGCUGAGGAGAGGAGACGAUGAGCGGCGCCACACACCAGCACCCGGCGGCAGGGGCCACGACUGAGAAGGAGUGCCAGACGGGCAAGAAGGACCCCGUGCUGGGCGCGUACUUGCAGAAGGCCAACUUCCUGACCUCGCGGCACCGGCUGACGGAGGCCCUGGAGGUGUACGAGCAGGCCAUCCGCAAGUUCCCGCACAACUCGGACCUCUGGAACUGUAAGGGAGUCUGCCUCAAGUCACUCGCCAAGAACGAUGGUAUGUAUACAUGUGUGGAUGGAUGGGCACUGCACACACGGGCAAGGCAAGAGGGACUGCGGUUGGUUAUGUUUAUUGGUGUGUGUAUUUAUUGGCUGGCGUGUGUGUUGUGUGUGCACUGCAGAGGCCUUCACGUGUUACGAGAAGGCCCUCGAGCUGGACCCGUACAAUGCGGGGGCGUGCAAUAACAAAGGUGGGUGAGGCAGGCAAGGAAGGACGGACGCUUGGACGACUGACUGACUGCCACUUGAUGGGUUCGUUGGCGUCAGGUGUCAUUCACAAGGAGAAGGAAGACUACGAGAAGGCGGUGAGUAGCGAGAGAGACGGAAACAAACACGCCGAAGACAAGACGUCCCUCGAACAUACAUAGCGUGUCUGUCUGUCAUUGGGACACCAUGUGUAUAUAUCCCUCAGAUCCAGUGCUACAUUGUGGCCCUGCAGCUGGAGCCCAACUACACAAGUGAGUUAAAAGAGUGACCGACCGACCGUAGGGAGGGAGGGAACAGUAGCUAGCGCACAGCAGGCAUGGCGACAGACAUCUCAUGCUAUCUAUCGCUGCCUACCUAUGCCGAUACGUGCAUCACGUGUGGUGUGCAGCUGCUGUGCACAACUUGGCGAUAGCGCUGACUGACCUGGGCACCAAGCGGAAAGGGGAGGGCCGGACAGAAGAAGGUCAGCCGAGCCGACCUACUCACUCACCUCACCCACGAAACCCCACUAGUCUGUAUGUCUGUCUGUCUGUUCUGAUUUUACUAUGCCAUCCGCUCGUCGGUCCCCCAGCGCUGGAGCGUUACCAUCAGGCGAUUCGCACGGGUGCGUCGUACUCUCCGGCGUACUACAACUUGGGAGUCAUGUACAGCGAGUUGGGCGACUACCAGAGGGGGAUGGAGAUGUACCAGGAGGCCGUGAGGCUCAACCCCAGAUACGUCGAGGCCUACAACAACAUGGGCGCCAUCUGCAAGAACCAGGGACAUGUACGUGACGUGAUACGCACACACACGGGGAGGGACGUCUCUGUGUGUGUGUGUGUGUGUGGAUCAGUUGUACCAGGCGAUAGCCUUUUACGAGAAGGCGCUGAGCAUCAACCCCAACUUCCAGAUGUCUAAAGGUCAGUCAGGAGGCCUGCAGUGGGGAGGAAACGCCAAGCUUGCAGAGACCCUCCCCAUUCAUUUGCUUCCUCGCUGCCUGCGCGUGUGUUUCACUUGACAGGGAACUUGGCGGUAGCGUUGACGGAUUUGGGAACGCACGUCAAGAUGCAGGGCGACCUAAAGGUGCCGUGCGUGUCUGUCUGUCGCCUCGCCACACACACGUGACGUGUGUGGCCUUGAACUGCACUGCCUGCCUGAUGUUUCUAUAUCUCUCUCUGUGUUGUAUGUGUGUGUGGCUCUGCUCUGCUCUGUGUGUGUCUGUCUGCUUGCUUGGUUGUGUCAGGGCGGCAUCAAGCUGUACAAGCGGGCUUUGGUGUUCAACCCCCACUAUGCUGACGCCUACUACAACCUGGGUAGGCCAUUCAGGACACUACAUGUAGCAGUAGCAGCGGCAAACGACAGGACCGUCACACAUGGAUGUGUGUGGUGUGUUGGCUGCUCUGUUUAGGUGUUGCGUAUGGUGAGCAGUGCAAGUAUGACAAGGCCAUAGUGCACUACGAGUUGGCCGUGCACUUCAACCCCCGAUGCGCUGAGGCCUUCAACAACCUGGGGGUCAUCUACAAGGUCAGCCAGCAACAAACACACGUGCAGACGGACAGCCACCGUCUGUGUGUUGUGUGUGAUGUGCACUGCAGGACAAGGAGAACCUUGACAAGGCCAUCUACUACUACAACAAGGUCCUGGAGAUCAACCCCAGCUUCGCGCAGACACUCAACAACAUCGGCGUCAUCUACACCGUCAUCGGAAAGGCAAGCCAAGCCCCCCUCAAGCCCCCCGCCACACACACACACACACACACCCAUGGCUGUGUCAUGUCAUCUAUCUAACCCAGAUGACCGAGGCAUACGAGUACACGCGUCGAGCGAUCGACGUGAAUCCCAACUACGCCGAGGCCUACAACAACCUGGGUGUGCUCUACCGGGACCAGGGCGACGUCGAGCUCGCCGUGCAGGCCUACGAGAAGUGCAUCUCUAUCGACCCCAACUCCAAGAACGCACUGCAGAAUAGGUGCGUGCGCUACGUCGGUCGGUGUGUCGGAUGGAUGUGAUUGAUACAGGCGUGGACGGUGGACGGGGUGUGUGUUGUGUUGUGUUGUGUGCUUGGCUUGGCUCGUGUCGGUCGGUCAGGUUGCUGGCGUUGAACUAUUUGGCGUCGGUGAGUGUCCAGGACAUCUUUGAGGCGCACAGGCAGUGGGGCAUGCAGUUCACCAGCAUGAACGUCAACAUCGGUAGGCACCCCACCCCUCCCACCCCUCCCAACACACACACACACACACCCCACACACAGCCUUCCAUGUGGGCGUGUGCACACACACACACUUACACGUUAGGUGGUUCGUUGCAAGUGCGCCGGCCGUUCACGUCGUGGAAGGUGUCGUCGUCUGCCGACCGCGUGUUGCGUGUGGGGUACAUCAGCCCCGACUUGUUCACCCACAGCGUCAGCUACUUCAUCCACGCACCCCUCAAGCACCACGACCCCGCCAAAGUUCAGGUGUACGUCUACGCCAACGUCGUCAAGGAGGACGACAAGACACAGGUGAGUCAGGAACGAGCGGAUGGGCAGACAGAGAGGGGGACAGAGACGGAGAGGGUGGUUGAUGGAAUGGAUACGACGAUUGGUUCCGUGUCUUAUGUGUGUGUCAUGAUGUGUGUGUGUGUGUGUGUGUGUGUGUAGAUGUUCAAGCAGCUGGUGCCUGUGUGGCGGACGAUCAUGGGUAUGGGCGAGUAUGACGUGGCGAAGCUCAUUUACGAGGACCAGAUUGACAUCCUGGUCGAGCUCACGGGACACACGGCCAACAACCGCCUCGACGUCAUGGCAUGGAAGCCCGCGCCAGUGCAGGUGGGCACACCCACCACUCAGCCAGCCACAUGGUCUCUCUCUCUCUCCCUCUGUGUGGGUGUGGGUCUGUGUGGAUCGAUCGUUCGAUGGGUCAGAUCACCUGGAUAGGCUACCCCAACACCACUGGUCUGCCCAGCAUCGACUAUCGCAUCACCGACUCCAUCGUCGACCCCCCCUCCACCAACCAGCCCUACGUCGAGCAGCUGCUGCGGCUACCCAAGUGCUUCCUCUGCUACACCCCCGCGCACGACGCGCCAGAGGUCUCGCCGUCGCCCUGCCUGCAGAAUGGAUUCAUCACCUUCGGCAGCUUCAAUAACCUCGCCAAGAUCGGCCCACAGGUAAGGAAUAUACGAGCCAGUUCAUUCAUCAAGACAGCGGCAUGGAAAGGCCUUUCGUUGCGUGUCAUUUAAUGGUUUCAUUGUGGCAGGUUGUGCGUCUGUGGAGUCGCGUGUUGAAGGCUGUGCCGAGCAGCCGUUUGUUUGUCAAGGCCAAGCCAUUCGCCAACAGCCAUAUCCAGAAGAAGUUCAUGGCGCUCUUCGAGGCGGAGGGCAUCAGCGCCGAUCGCAUCGACCUCAUGUGUCUCCUGCCCAUGUGUGCCGAACACCUAAGGGUCAGUCACAGUGAAUGACACCUAUACCUACCUACACCACGCACACAGAAAGAAAGGGAGACACCCGUGUUGUGUUUGUCUCCACCCACCAGGCGUAUUCGUUGAUGGACAUAGCGCUAGACACCUUCCCCUACGCCGGCACGACCACCACGUGCGAGUCGCUGUUUAUGGGCGUCCCGGUGGUGACUUUGCGGGGCCAGUCCAACCACGCGCACAACGUCGGCGUCACACUGCUGACCAACAUCGGCCUCUCGGACCUCGUCUGUGAGAGCGAGGAGGACUUUGUGAGGGUGGCCGUGCAGGUAAACUGCUGGACGGGCAAUGCAUGCAUACCUCCAUCACUCAAAGGAACCUCUCUCUCUCUCUCUCUGUGUGUGUGUGUGUGUGUGUGUAGAUGGCGUCCGACGUGGGUCGUCUGUGCAGCUUGCGCGAAUCGAUGCGCAAUCGCAUGCUCAGCUCGACGCUGUGCCACGGGGUGUCGUUUACCAAGAACCUUGAGCAUCUCUACAGACAAGUCUUUACGCGCUACACAAGACACGGCCCCAUCUCACGCCCAACGCCCUCAAUCGCUUCCACGUCGACAAACAACGACCAGUCGUCGGUGUCGGGGUUCGCCAACUCACAACAGCAGAACGGAGGAAACGGAUCGCAGCCGCAGCACAACGCACCGUAAGCCAAGCCGAUGGGAGGGAGGAGUGGACAGAUAGCGCAUGGAGACAGAGCUCUAAAGCACUGCAUCUAUUCUCUGUCCACUGUUUGUGUGUGGUUCUUGUGUCAGCAACCCGCUGCUGCCGCCACUGCCCCCGUUUGGCGGUGUCAAGCAGCAGCAGCCUGUCCCGGUGGCCAUCCCGUUGCUCAUGCCCAACGGUAGCCCACCACCAGCACCCGCCCCCGUGCCCACGCCCUUCCCGCCGCUGCACCCACCGCUGCCGCCCGGCCUCGGCGUCCCCAUGCCGUCACAUCCACCACUGCCAAUGGUGAGAGAGAGAGAGAGGGACAGACAGACAGAAAGGUCGCUCGCACAGGCAACAAGCCGUCAUUUCAUUCUGGUGCAGAGUUUCCACUCUCCUCCUACGGCGGAGGCCCCGGCGGACUCGACCAUGAUGAUGUUUGACGAUCAUCACAAUCCUGUCAGCGGAACAGCAGGGGGAGGAGGUGGCACCAUGGACGGUGUGGGCGGCAGCAAGCCGGCGCCCUCGAGCCCCGGCAGCCCCAUCAAGAAGGUGCCCAAGACGAGCAGAAGGUCGCCGCCGGGGAGCAAGACGAGCGGUGGCCAUCCACGGCCCAACGUGCCGUCGCCGGCCGGGCAGCGGGUCGUCUGGAGGAGCAGCGGUGGCAUCGCCGCCGGAUCCCCACCAGGGCCUGCGGUGGCUCUCAGACCGGGGGUACGUGACUGACGUGGAUGGAUGGAUGGAUGGAUCACAACUCUCUCUUGUCUUGUCUUGUCUGGCUGUUGUUGUCCAGGCCGUUCCCCCCGUGCUGCCACCGCAGCCAGGCGUCCCCGCAUCCCCAGGGCUAGGUGUGCCCGUCCCCUUCCCGCCGCCAUUAGCGCCGUCUCUCGCUCUCGCCUCACCGCCGCUGCAGGACCCCCUCGCACCACCAGACAUCUCAGAGUCGCCAGGGGACCACCCAGACCUCCCGAACGGCACAGCACAUGAUGCGAGAUACCUCUGUGCGAAUGGUGUGGUGCCGGGCUUCCAGCCAGGGGGACGGCCGAAUGGUCUCAAUGGUUUGCACCCCCACAAUGGGGCGCCCGUCCCUCCGCUGCCGAGCAACCCUUUUGCAGCAGCGUUGCCGGUGGCACUGCUGCCAGGAGGGGCGGCUCCACCCCUGAUGGGCUUCGCUGCCCAGGCUGCGCCACCACUGACCUAUGGCCAGCAGAACGCACCACAAAACGGUGAGGAGGGAGGGGGGAGGGACUCAGUGGGUGGGAGGGUAUCGACAUGUGGUGCUUUGUGUGUGUGUGUGUGGAUGGGAUGAAUGCGAUGCGUUUAGGUCCGAUUGUUGUCGAUUUGACGGAUGGUGCUGAGGGCGAGGCGGCAGAAGCGGAUGUCCCCGCGAGGCGCAACAAGGCCUCUAGGAGGGAACAAGCACAUCAGCAGCAUCAACAGCAGCACCCAUCGCCCCGCAGGCACACGAACGACAACCCCACCGGUGGCCCCGGACCGGUCGAUCGCAGGAAAGACGAUCCCACUGCUGCCGCAGCAGUACCAUCAUCCGACCAACCAAGACACCAGCAGCAGCAGCAGCAGCCGCCAGCUGAGAGCGAUGCCCCAGCAGCUGCAGCUGCAUCGGCGGCGGCGGCGGCUGCCAAUGAGGAUGACCACCACGCUUCGUCAUCAUCAGGCCAUCGGUCGCCUCACCAGCGCGGCAACAGCCAAGAGGGCGUGGACUCCUCAGAGGGCGGGAGAUCGUCAGAGGCGAGUGAGCAGGCCGACGACGAUGCGACAGAGGAAUCAAGGGGUGAGGACAAGGGGCCGCAGGUCCCACAUGACAAGAGGGAUGGGGCUGGGGCUGCUGAGGUGAGGCGAGACGGGGGCGGGGGAUGCCACGAGGAAGGGCUGAAUAGAAACCCACAGGACGCCAACCAGAACAUGAGGCUGCUCGCCGUGUAGGCAGGCAGGCAGGCAGGCACCAUUGUGUGGGUCAUUGCACUCAUUGGGUAGUUAGCCGCGCUCACUUGAUGAAUGGAUGGAUGGAUGGAUGGAUGGACGGACGAAUGGAUGGAUGGAAGGACGGUUGGGUGAGGGGAACACACGCGUUGGGGGAAAGGUAGGGAGGCGGGUAGGGAGGGGGUGAGGGGACCCUGACUGACUUCAUUGUUUGGUGAGUCAGUCAGUCGAUGUGACCACAUGAUGUACGUAUGUAUGUUGGCUCGCUAUCUGGCUGCUGUUUUGCCAGGCGAGGCCAGGCGAGGGGGGGUGGGACAGAUGGGAUGGGUCGAUGAUGAAUGAAUGAAUGGAUGGAUACAUGGAUUCAUGGAUCCAUUCGUUCAUUAUCACACGCUGUUCUUCUCUUGCAGCAGACAGCGUAUUUUUAUCCUCACCUACACACCGUACACGUGUCGUGUCCGUCCCAUCCAUGGCUGCCCUUUUGCCCGCACAGCCUGUGUCUGCCUGCCUGCCUGCCUGUUUGCAUGCCAUGUGCUGCGUGUGUUGUUUCUCCUCCUUCUCUGGUGUGGUGUACAUGUAGACUACCGUACCGUCCCCUAGUCUCCUUCGUCUCAUCCGUUGGGUUGGUUAACACACACUGUGACACACAGACAGACAGACGGACAGACCGACGGACGGGGCGAGGGUGGGGUGGGUGAGUGGUGAGUGAGUUUCCUAACAUCGACCUACCUACUGCAGCACAUGGGUGGAUGGAUGGACAAUGCUGAAUGUGGUUCAUGUGUGAGAGAUCCGAUCCGCACACCGUCAGGUCAGUCAGACUCCUGAUGGUCCACACUGACUGACUGACCCACGUGUUGUGUAACACUCAUGUCAAUGUUCCAAACA